CUGAGCAGAGCCAUGUAUCUCUCCCCGCCCCCUCAGCCAAGGCAGGUAAAUCUCACAACUCACUGUACUGCAUGGAAACUACAGAGAGAGCCAGGGCUGGGAUCUGGGGGGAGAUCUAAUCCCAGGAGAUUAACUGCUGAGCCCUGCGUGUACACAGACAACUAAUUUAUUACAUUCAUGGCUUUCACCAAACCUUCCAAAGAUCCCUUCAGCACCUACGUGGGGCAUCUAAUUGAUGUCAACACCGCUGGAACAAAUCGCACAGCAGACUGGGGGCAAUUUCUUAAUAUAUGUGAUUCCAUUAGUACUACAGGGGAGGGACCCAAAGAGGCCAUCAAAGCAUUCAAGAAACGUUUGUAUAGAAACUACAACCAGAAAGAAGUGCGUCUGGCUCUUUCUCUUCUAGAGAUGUGUAUGAAGAAUUGUGGUCCUGCCUUCCAGUCGCUGGUAGUGAAGAAGGAUUUCUGUAAAGAUGUUUUGGUAAAACUGUUAAACCCAAAAUAUAACCUUCCAGUCAACUUUCAGAACAAGAUCCUUCAAUUCAUUAAGUCAUGGUCAUCUGGUUCUCUACCAAACGUGGACACAACUGAGGUCAAAGAAUUGUAUCUCGAUUUGGUUAAAAAAGGAAUCCAGUUUCCCCCUUUGCCGAUCGACGCAGAGAUAUCGCUGGAGACAGUGGAGGUAAAUGGGAUCACUGCUAUUGGGAAAUUGUACAGUGAGUUAGACGUGGUGAGAAUGAACAUAAAGGUAAUGUCAGAGAUCCUGCUUGAAAUCAGACCAGGGAAGGAGGUCAAAGAGGACAUGGACCUGCUGGAGGAACUCCAGAAAACAUGUAAAGAAAUGCAGAGGAGAAUUGUAAUGCUUUUAGAAAGUGUUCAGAACGAGGAAGUGAUUGUGGAAAUGGUGCAAGUCAACGAUGAUUUAAAUAAUGUCUUCUUGAGAUAUAACAGGUUUUCACGGAAUAGAUCGAACCAGGAGCCAAUUUAUAGCAUGCCGGCUGAACUCGCGUUGACUGUCGACAGAAGCCCUUCAGCUCCAGCAAGCGAACUCAUCGAUCUCGCUCCAUUAUCUGCGCAGGUGAACGGCGUACCUGGACUCCCACUCACAGCCAGUCAUCAACUCCCAACGCCGCUUUUAGUGCCCGGCGCUGCGCUCGGAACAGAUAUCAGCAUUUCACAACAAAAUGUCUCCAACCCAAUCAGCAAUCAUCUCUAUCCUCAGAUGGACCUCUCCGGAUUAAGAGAAAUGGCUAAUGCACCGUUUAUGUUCCCUGUACAGAGCAUGACUCCGCAUCCCCCUCCAAGACAACUCUAUGAUAAUGUCAGCUUUUCAACUCCGCUUCUCCCAACAGUCCCAACAUUGCCCCCCACCCUUGUAACUCUACCAAAGGAACAGCCACAGAAUCCAGCGGCCGAUCGCAAACCAGAAAAUUCUAAGGAAAAUUUAACAACAAACUACUAUGAGCUGCUAGAAUUCGAUCCUCUUGUAGAAAACAGCCAAAAAGACGUUGUGUAUGAAGAGGUUGAUACAUCUCUGUGGAACUCGGGACAAAAGAAAACGGUUCCUUUGCUGCAAUAAGAAACUCAAAGGAUGACAUGUUCAAUAUCAUAACCUUAAAAAGAUGGCUCUCCCACGCUGCGGACCCUGCACUCUGUGCUCCCAGGAGGUACAAACGACUCUGCGAGGUCGGAAGACAGCCUCAGGUGUACAAAAUAUGAUCUUCACAUUGGAAUCGCAACUUAACUCAGGUCAUCAUAAAGGAGAUAUACCAACUGGAA